AUGGCACUCAUUAAUGAAAGUCAGCCUGAAGAAUUCAUUCUACUAGGCUUUGAUGAUCUACCUUGGCUAGAGCUUCCUCUAUUCAUUAUUCUUUUGAUAACAUAUCCCAUGACCCUGAUGGGAAACAUUGCCAUCAUCCUGGUGUCCAAAUUAGAUCCCAGUCUCCGCAGUCCCAUGUAUUUCUUCCUCACCAAUCUAUCCUUUUUGGACAUAUGUUUAACCACAAGCAUUGUGCCUCAGAUGCUAUUAAACCUUGGAAGCUCUAAGAAGACCAUCAGCUAUGUAGGAUGUGUAGUUCAACUUUAUUUCUUUCACUUUAUGGGGGCCACAGAAUGUCUGCUCUUGGCUAUCAUGUCCUUUGACCGCUAUGUGGCCAUCUGCAGACCUCUGCACUACCCCCUCAUCAUGAAUCAACGCAUCUGCACCUUACUAGCAUCCGUUACGUGGCUGACUGGAGUGCUCUUUGCUUUCUCAGAGGCUACUCUUACAUUGCAAUUGCCAUUGUGUGGUGUCAAUCAACUGGACCACUUGUUGUGUGAGAUUCCAGUUCUGAUAAAGACUGCCUGUGGGGAAAAGGAGGCUAAUGAGCUUGCACUCUCCGUGGUGUGUAUUUUUGUAUUAGUUAUUCCCCUAUGUUUAAUUCUUACCUCCUAUGCUAGUAUUGGACAUGCUGUACUUAAGAUUAAAUCUUCUGAAGGAAGGAAAAAGGCCUUUGGGACAUGUUCCUCUCAUCUCAUUGUAGUUUCCUUAUUUUAUGGUCCAGCCAUUAGCAUGUACCUUCAGCCUUCAUCCUCCAUCACCAGGGACCAACCCAAGUUCAUGGUUCUCUUCUAUGGAGUGGUGACUUCUACAGUCAACCCCUUCAUCUACACCCUGAGGAAUAAGGAUGUGAAGGGGGCAUUAGGCAACCUAGUGAGGAACAUUUUCAUUUCCAAGUGA